AUUUAUUAAUUUUUUUCAGGGCGAUUUUUCUCGUUUGCGAGUUUUUCUUUUUUGGAUUUUUUGCUGUGUUGAUGCAUUUUCUUGACCGUCGUCCAUGACAGCGUAUCACGACGAGGUGGAAAUCGAAGAUUUCGAGUUCGACGAGGACUCCGAAACUUACUACUAUCCGUGCCCCUGUGGCGACCGAUUUCAAAUCACGAAGGAAGAACUUCUCGCUGGAGAGGAAGUCGCUACUUGUCCAAGCUGUUCGUUGAUCAUCAAGGUCAUCUAUGACCCUGAUGACUUUGUUGAAGAUACGAAGGAAGUGAAGAAAGUGCGAACGAAGCCCGAGUUGGCCGAGGCGUGA